GCCCUUUUGUUUUUCUUAUCAGCACGAAGCCAAGGCUGUGAGCCUCUUGCAAAUGCAGAAUCCAACAGAACCCAGUCGUGAGGCCUUGGAAAUUUGCAACAAGGGGAGCGAGCUCUCCGGGAAGAAACUGUACCCCCACAAUGGGCAGUGUUGUGAGCAAUGCCCACCAGGCUUUCAAGUUGACAAACACUGCACACCAACCACUCCGACAACGUGCGAGCCCUGUCAUAAGGAUACCUAUAUCAAAUACCACAACACCCAGCAGCAUUGCUUUCCUUGUGAAGAGUGCAGGCAGUUGGACCAAGUGGAGAUACAGUCAUGUUCGCCAACCAACAACACACAGUGUUCCUGUAAGAAUGGCACCUUCUGCUCCCCGGACCUUCCGUGUGAAACGUGCCAUAAAUGCAGACUCAGGUGUCCUGAUGGGGAAGAGAUGGUGCAGGCUUGCACUCCGACAAGUGAUAUACAGUGUCAGCCCUAUACAACCCCGCCAACUCCUGCUGAAACAGGUUCCAAAGUCUUGUUCAUUGCUUUCAUGGUGGUGUUGGGGUUGUUGCUGGUGAUCCUGAUCCUGGCAUUCACAUUUAGGAGAUAUUGUCGUUGCUGGCAUAAAGUUGGAGAAAGAGACUCCACGGUGACGUUGAACUGCAAGAGUUUCCUAGGGAACUGUCAAGGACAGCACGGAGAGAGAGACAACGAGAGAAAUGAAAGUGCCGAGGUGGAACCUCUCACAAAUAAUUCUCCAAAUUAUAUCCCUUCCAACAUGGGAACGACGCCUUGUUGUGCCUCCGCCCCAACAGAGGGUACCAAGGAAGGCUGUGAAUUUCCAGCAAAAAGAGAGAAGACUCUGAUCCCUGCUAAUGGGAGGAACCCAACAGUAGCUUUGCGCCAGUCUUUCGAGACCUUCAUCAGGCAAGUGCCUUUGAAGGAAUGGCGGCGAUACAUGCGGGCCCUUGACCUGACCGACAACGAGAUCACCCGAAGUGAAAGAAGUGAAGACGAUCUAUACGAGCAGCAGUUCCAGAUGCUACAGACCUGGCUGGACAAAGGGGGCAAGGAGGCCGAUCUGAACGCGCUGCUGGCGAAGCUGCGCUCCACGAACCUCCGAGGCGUGGAGAGGGAAAUAAGAGAGGCCCUGAUCUCUCAGGGUCUAUACACCUAUGAAGAAUGAAUUCCUCUAUCGGGAAGUUUUACAGACUUUGCUUAAAAAUGUCAUUGUUUACACCUUGGCCUUGUUUGAGGCAAGUGUUAUGCAGGAGUUUCUUCUCGUGCAAAGCUUCAGGUGCUUUAUAAAAUGACAUUGAGAAGGUGGCCUUCCCGACCACCAGCAGCCAAAACAGCUAUUGAUGACAAAACAUGAGUUCAUGAGCUGGAAGGAAGGGAGGCGCAUAGGGCUGGUGAGCUGUUCACGUUGGCUUUGAUGUUUCUUGGCUGUUUGAGCCCCCACUGUUUGUGGAGAAAAAGUGUUGUUUUUUUUAAACUCAUUAUAAAUUUUGUAUUGCAUGGUUUUGAAAAGGUUAUCUUGGUGGGUGGUGGGUAGUGUUUCCCCCCCCCUCUGGCUUGAGGAAAGAAGGAAUUUGAUGUUUACGAUGAAACUGUAGCUCACUGCCCCUUGAGAAUAACAACGGGAGGGAAGUUUCAGGCAUUUGUGUUGCAAGGACAAAUAGAAGCGGGUUGCGUUUGAUUGGAGGGUUUCUCAACAUUGCAAGGAAGUUUAUUGGUGCCUUAGGAGCCCUGCCCAGGAAUCGCAGAACAUGCUUUUUUUUGAUGCAGGAGAAGGUGUGGUAGCCUUGCCCCAACUGUUCUUAUUGGCCUCUGAGAUUAGGUAAGGGGCGGGGCAAGCACAAACCACUCCCUUCUCUGUUGAUGCUACACAUUUUAAUAGUGGCUGAAGCGGGGCUGAAUAUGGAUCCGUUGGUGCACCAGUACUUCAGCGUUAAACAUGUGAAUGAAUUGGAAUGGAGCUCAAUAAGGGAAUUGCCUAAUUCAGCGAUCCCCAACCUUUUACAGUCCGUGGACCAGCUGGGGAAGUUGCCCCCCCCGCUUGUGCACAUGUGUGAACAAGGGUGCACGCUCUCUCACACAAGCAUGUGCCCCUGUGUGCAUGUGCAAAUGGCAGCGCAACGCUAGCACAGUUGUGCUGGAGCACGUGCGUGCAGACGAAAAAGGGCUGUGCGGGGGUGAGUGCAUGCAGAGGUUGGGG